AUGAGCGGGAUACACAGAUUUUUAACUAGACGCGAGCGGAACAACCGAUACUCGAAGCACGAGAAAGAUGAGUCGUCCGAUGUCGCCCGCCCUGUCCUGCGCGGUUUCUUCACAUCAGAGACUACGAGUAGCGACUCUACAGAACAACAGAAGAAGAUUAAGACUUUAGAGCGACGAGUUUCACAUCUUGGCAUUACUGGACUGAACGAACAACAUCUCGCUUAUGCGCUGCAAUACACACAGGGCGAUGUGGAUGCAGCUUUUGAGCUCCUCCUGCUCCUUGAAGACUCGAUUGAAGGGAUAGUCAAAGGAUAUUCACCAAGCACGAAAUUGCUGGGCGCAGAGAAUCGUAACGGUGUUACAUGUUAUCUUGAUGCGCUACUUUUUGCCAUGUUUGCUCGGCUGGACUGCUUUGAAGGCAUACUAUACAAGAAUUUUAGCGAUGAGCCUCGCGGAAAAUUGUCAGUGCUCUUGAGACUCUGGGUCAACAUGCUACGAUCAGGAAAGCUCAUAACGACGGAUAUUGAAGCACUUGCCGAAUGCGGAUGGGAAGACGCUGCAAAUCUUCAUCAGCAAGAUGCAUCCGAGGCAUUCACGUUCAUCACGGAGAAACUAGAGUUGCCGCUCCUUACUCUUAAAAUGGACAUUUACCAUACGGGCAAAGAAGACGUGAAUGAUGACCACAGGUUCGUCAAUGAGAGGUUAUUGGAGGUAGCUAUACCUGAACCCACCGACGGCAAGACAGUGACUCUGGAGGAAUGCUUGGAGGCAUACUUCAAUAACAAGAUCGAAGUGAAACGAUACCUGGAGCGCCGAAAUACCGUCAAGUCAACCAAGUCAGCGGAUUCGCUUUCCAAGGGCACUAGUGCGCAUGUCGAGGCAAUAGAGAUCAGUACACCGACGUCUUCCUCUCCAACAACAUUGUCGCCUACGGGGCCUCCAGUCAUAACGACGACGGAGGCUCCUCUGGCGGACAGAUCUCGAUAUCGGAGGAGCAGCAUCAUCCAACCAAAGUUUGUUCCCGACUCGGAUGGCGAUGAUAACACCAAGCACCGCCACGGUUCCUAUAGGAAAGAGGUCAUGAUGCCUGCAUGGCAGUUUUUCAGCUUGAUUCCAUGGUAUACAGAUAACUCUCCAAAGAAUGACUCUCAAGUCGCGGCUCAUUUCUCCUCGAAGAGACCAAUUUUAGGCCUGUGCUUGAAACGGUACUCUAUGCUUGCAAACGGCAAAGCCAUCAGACGUGACACGUUUGUCGAUAUCCCAACAGAGAUUGGGCUACCACACUUUAUACAGGAUGAUAACAUGGAGGAUGGUCCUAUCCGGGUAAACUUCAAGUUGUCCUUGCAGGCUUUAGUCUGUCAUAGAGGCAACUCCGUCGAUUCCGGGCAUUACAUAGCGAUUGUCCGGGGCACCAGUGUUGGGGCGCCUCCCUCAAGUUCUCAUGGCUCAGAACAGUCCAACCCGGAUACUCCAAGGUACUGGAUGCGGUUUGAUGAUCUGGCUAAGGAGAGGGUGACGCUUGUAGACAUCGAGCACGCCCUGAAGACUGAAUCACCAUACCUACUUUUUUAUCAGAUUCUGCCGAUCGACGAGGACGCAGCGGCAGCCAGUUUCCCAAUUAGCGCAACUUCCACAUCUUCUGUGGGAUCUAUCGAUAAUCAGGAUCAAGAAACAGCAAACAACUCUCCUAGAUUGCAGGCCAACCGUCUCAGUGCGGGUUACAAGUCUGGCCGCCCAAGUCUUGAGAUCACAGUUGCGGAAGACCCGAACGCCGCGCCUGGGACUGCUGAGGAAUCUACGGGCAAUCGAGGCACCAUUGCAGAUUUAGGGUUGCACUCGGCCCCUUCGACCUCGCCAAAGUUGGCCCCAAGAGACGACGAUGAAAACAAGGGUACAUUUUCAUUCUCUAGGCGCGGCUCUAGAGCCACAAGGUCAAAUCCGGGGAGCCGCGCAGGAAGCCAGGUCAGUGAAAACAGGAUCAGCGCCACAUUUUCACGUUUUGCGGGCCGCCUCAGCAGGGACAAGUUAGGCAGUGAUUCCUUCGCCAUCGACGAUGAUUAUGAUGAGAUGAAUAAUAAUGAUUCCCCGGGACUCACCAUUGACGGCCAUAAGACUGAUGCCAGGGAAAAAAGCCCUAGACGGUCAAGGUUCUCUGACAAGCAGAAAGAUAAGGGAAAGGAGAAGUCAAGGGAACGAAGAGGGCGCAAGCUCGAGCGGGAGUGUCUUGUUAUGUGA